AUGUCGGGGGAAUCCGCGAUGAGUGCUUGGAUUGAAGUUGUAUCAAAGGAUAAUACACUCCUCUGGAAUCUCAGUCCAACAAAUAUUCAGCACUUCCUCUAUCUAUAUUCGCAAUUCCUUCCGAUUGGAAUCGAAGCACUCGACAAGAUCCGUUUCAAAGGUCUAACUGCUUCUGCAGUAGAUGGAAACAAGAGCGAACAAGAAGAUAGCAACAGAGAACAACGUCAGCUCGAACGAUACCAAAUCAUCAUCGAGCUCAGUCACUGGCUAUACAAACGCUGUCUUGGUAAACAGCGAGAUGUCUGCAGAGCCCACCACCAAUUGUUGGAGAGCACCAAAUCCUCGGAAAUUGAGAAGGCUGCUGACGAAGCCUUCACACUUUUCGACAAUAACGAGCAUGCUUGCGCGGUAUCGAAGCUCCAAGUACUACUUAAACAGGACGAAGAGAUGGUCCCUACAAAGUUUGAUUUGGCCAUUUUGAUACUAUCCGCAAAGUAUCCAGACCAGGUGCCAUUUUGCUCACCGGAGCUGCGGAAUUGCAUCAACGUCGGUAGAGACGCAUUGAGUCACGAAGUGAACAAUAGAAACAAGUGGGGAAAUGAUACUUACGCCGAGGAUUAUGCCCUGUUCGAGCAUCAUUGUGAUCAAGUAAUGGACAACAUGAAAACAACCGAAGACAAAAGACCUACUGCCCAAGAGAUCGAGAAAUUGGCGUAUGUGUUGGACCGCUGGAAUACCCUGAGAGCUACCCACAUUGAUCCCGAAGUCAUUGAUAUUGACGAAAGAGAGGAAGUGGGGACAGCCCGCGGCAACGAUACGAAAAUAUCAAAGGGGUCGAAAAAAUCGUAUCAUAAGUUGCUCCCCGACACUUUUGCAGUGAAAAGCAUCUCGACGUAUAAACGCAAUAUCGGCAGAUAUCUCAACGAGAUUCAAAUCCAUGCUAGCCAAGAACUAGAAACGGUAAUAUCCGCCGACUUCUGCUACCAACAUCCCAUGUUCUAA